AUGAGACUGAGUGAGAUGAAAAGAGAGAAAAUCAUGAAUAGAAGUUGUCUGACGCUUCUUACCAAGUCUGCUAAUCCUUUAAUUAUUUUAUUUCUCCUUUGUCAAAGUGCAGAACCAGCAAAGAAAAUACUGCCGUCUGCUGAAUCUGAGGCUCUUUCCAGAUUCUUAUGGAGCUUAAGGAAUUCGAAGCUGUUCGGAGCAACAGAUGUUUCAGAUUCCUUUUGUGAAGAGAAGUACGAUCUUUACUAUAAGAUCAAUUGCACCAGUAUCGACAAUACUUGGCACAUCACUGCAAUAAGUUUGAGUAGUGUACAUUUAGAUGGAUAUAUCGACCCUGUUGUGAAAAAUCUUACAUACCUGGAGAUACUUGAUCUAUCCCGCAACGAUCUUGAAGGUCCCAUUCCUCACGAACUGGGAAGUUUAUCUCAUCUUACUGACCUCUACCUGUUUAAUAACUUUCUCAAUGGCAGCAUCCCACCAUCUUUGGGUAAUCUAUCAUCUCUGGAACUAAUGUACUUAGCGUAUAACAGGGUAUCAGGCUCAAUUCCGGUUGAACUUGGCGAACUUGGCAAACUCGAGAGAUUAGAUUUGAAGGAUAAUGAACUAAACGGUUCACUUCCAAAAGAACUUGGAAAAUUAAGCAAUCUUCGGACUCUCUAUUUGUCAUCCAACUAUUUCACUGGGAAUUUACCUGAAGAGUAUCAAAAUAUUACGACCAUGGAGUCUUUUCACGUCGCCGGGAACUAUUUGACGGGUCCGUUUCCCAAAUUCGUUGUUAAAUGGGUCAAUCUCCUUUUCCUAGAUCUGGGAGGAAACAAUUUUGAAGACGAACUGCCUCCAGAAAUUUUUACAAUGACAAAUCUUCAGACUUUGAGGGUUAGUGAUCUGAACCACACAGGUUUUCAGUUACAGAAGUCAAUUGACCAACAUGUAUACUCUGGUACUGCGGAACUGCAAUAUUAUCGGUCAAAUCCCACCAUUUAUAUCUGCUGAAAAUAGCAUGAGCCUACUCGACUUGAGCUUCAACAAAUUUACUGGUGUGAUCCCAGACUAUAUUCUGAAUCUGGAAGCACUUGACAUGUUUCUCUCCGGAGAUGUGAUCAAUCAGACAACUCUCCGCUGGAUUAAUAACAGUUUGAGGGGGGGUAUUUCAUACAAUAACUUGACAAUUAAAGAAGCAGCAGUAAAGAACUAUGUGAAUCUUUCAAAUAUAAAUAUG